CCAACACAAAGAUGGUGCCACCAAAGCUUCAUCUGUUUGCUAUUCUUCUCCUUUUCUUCCUCCUAUCUUCUCCAUCCUCAGGAGACCCAGUUGAGUCCGAUCUGUGUAAUUUUGACGAUGAUGCGGAUUUGGAUUUCUCAUCCAACAAAGAAAAUGGGAAGGAAAGCUGCCAUUUUGCUGGUGCAUGCAGCACCGCACAAGACUGUGGCCAUCAAUGUGAAGCCCUCGGACAUAAGCCUAAUGCUGUCAAAUGUGUUGUUGACUUUGCAGCAGGGGAGAAUCGUUGCUGUUGUAUUAAGUCUCGUAAAAAUGUGUGACUUGUUUAUAAUAAAUAAAUAAAUAAAAA